AUGUCACAACUGGAGAUGGCCAUGGCUAUGGUCAUUGAGGUCUUUCCCCAGUUCAAGAGCACGGAUGGCAACAAGCAGGGCCUGAGCAAGGAGGAGCUGAAGGAGCGGUUGGAGAAGGAGCUCCCGGGCUUCCUGCAGAGUGGAAGGGACAAGGAGGCUGUGGACAAACUGCUCAAGGACCUGGAUGCCAGUGAUGACGCCACGGGGGACCUCAACGAGUUCAUAGUGUUUGUGGCUGUGAUCGCAUCCACCUGUUACGUGUACUUCGAACAGAAGACACCAAUGGAUGCCCUGCACACCCAGAUUCCUGAAGGGGGGCACAGGGAGCAGGCCCCCAGCUUCCAGAAAGCUCUUGGCAGCACUUAUGUCUCUGGGCUAGAGAGCUGA